CUGGGACUGCAGGACUGCCCCUGCUGUCCUGCGUGAUCGCCGCAGGCCUGGCGUUGCCCAUGUGUCGUCCUAGGCGGGCAGCAGGGCGGGUCGCCUGCGCGGAGAGGGGCAGGGAGGAUGGGGGAUGCGGCGGUGAGAGGGGCCCCGGGCGGGGCCGCGGGCGGGGCCGCGGGCGGGCACCGCCGGGCUGCCUCGAGAGGGGCCUGUUGGAUUCCACGCCUGCUACCCUGGAAACUUCGGCGCCCAGCUCCACUCUGCCCUUGAGCAGCCUCUUCCUACUUGUUUAAGUAAUUUAUUUUAUCUGAUAAACCGCGAAGAGCUGCAGGGAUGUGGAAAGGAUGAACAAAGCCGACAGUAGUUACAGUGAGUUUGAAACAGCUGAGACACUGCUAAAUUCAGAGGUUCAUAUGCUUCUGGAGCAUCGAAAGCAACAGAAUGAGAGUGCAGAGGAUGAACAGGAGCUUUCUGAGGUCUUCAUGAAAACCUUAAAUUACACAGCCCGUUUCAGUCGUUUCAAAAACAGAGAGACCAUUGCCAGUGUCCGUAGCUUGUUGCUCCAGAAGAAGCUUCAUAAGUUUGAGUUGGCCUGUUUGGCCAACCUUUGCCCAGAGACUGCUGAGGAAUCAAAGGCGCUGAUCCCAAGCCUGGAGGGUCGGUUUGAAGAUGAAGAGUUACAGCAGAUUCUUGAUGACAUCCAGACCAAGCGCAGCUUUCAAUAUUAAUCUCCAAAUACCACUCUGCUGCCGAAGGAACUACAUCUCAAGCCCAGCACCAGUGUCCUGGUGUUUGGAGCUAACUUAAUAGAAAUUCCAUUGCCGAAGACACUUGGGCUGCCUUUGGAUAGAACAACCCAGCUUAGUCUUGGUUUAGACUUGACUAUUUCAGACUUGACUAUUGAACCAUGGUAACCUGACCUUGCCUCUGGGAAGGGUGAGGUGGGGUGAUGCGCAUAUAAGCUACACUACUGACUACCUCAUGCCAUGGUUUUGGCCCCUGUGUUUUAAAAUAUGUUUUAAGAUUUUAUUUUUUUAAGUAAUCUCUACCCCCCAGUGUGGGGCUUGAAUUUAAACUACCCCAAGAUCUAGAGUGGUGUGCUCCACUGAUUGAGCCAGCUAAGCACCCCUUUUUAAAGAUUUUAUUUUUUUAGCCCACAUGUUAUUUUUGAUUCCUAAGAUUUCAUGUUUCAAUUUCAAUUUGUUUGUAGUUUUUGAAACUACAGGAAACGAUAGUCUUACCUAAAUGCAAAAGGAAGAAUUAAACCAGCCCUGUACCAUCAUCUGAAAUCCUUACAGAAAAGAUGAUACACUAAUGACUGAGACAGCAUUGGCAUCAUAGUGCUUAACCCAGAAGUCAAAGAAGCUCACCAUGGGAAGCAGUUACACCCAGGAUAACUGCCAAGCAUGGAGGGCCCUAACAUAACCUUGAUCAGUACUUGACCUUUUUUCUUAGACUGUUGAAGAAUGUAGAUUCGGAGGCAGUGGUCCUAAAGUACUAUUUCUCACUCCUAAAUCAAGAUUGUUUUUUCCUUUAGUGGCCAGACUUGAGGGUCUGAACACUUUGAAGACAGACUCCUUGGAUGGGGCAUCCAGUCCAAACCUUUUUCUUGCUACUUAGUGGCAGGUGAUCUCUGAUGGGGGGGUGAUUGUCUAUUUUCAUAGGAAGGAAAGCAGAGAGUGUGCACAAAGAAAGCAUGCAUGUAAGCUAGUAGAUUUGGUCAUGUGAAGACAAGUAUCACUAAGUUCACUAAACUACAGAUACUCCCCAGGAACCACAUGGUUGGAGCAGGGAGAGAAGUGGGGGUGAUGUUCCCAGAUGAGGGAAGAGGGUCAUGGCAGGUAGUAGAAACAAAAACACCCCACCAAAUGGAUCAGGUACCAUAAAAAUGUCCAUACUCUGACCUAGUGAUUGUAUUUCUGGAAAAUGUAUACCAAAUAUCAGAACACAGAGGAAGCUCUAUAUGUCAGGAUAUUAUUCUUUUUCCAAUAGAGAAAUAGUAUGGUAUGUUAUGGUUACUUGUCCAUGGACUAUUUCUCACCUAUUUAACAGGUGAACUUUUUCAGAAGCUAAAUGGCUUACAGCCAAAAUACUUGGAUUCAGAUGGACAUUGAGGACAUUCUGCUACAUGAAAUGUGAGACAAAUACCAUAUAAUCUCACUUAUAUGUGGAAUCUAAAAAACCCAAACUCAGAAGAAAUAGAACCGAUUGGUUGUUGUCAAAGGAUGAAGGGAGGGGUGUGAAAUGGGUAAAGGUGGUCAAAAGGUACAGACUCCUAGUUAUAAGAUUAAUAAGGCAUGGGGACAUAAUACACAGCAUGGUGACCAUAGUUAAUAAUACUGUAUUGUAGGGAUGCCUGGUGACUCAGUUGAUUAAGUAUCUGGUUCUUGGUUUCAACUCAGGUCAUCUCCUUGGUCAUGGGACCAGGACUCUACACUCAGCAGGGAGUCUGCUUGAAGAUUCCCUGCCUCUACACCCCACCUUCACGUGCCCUCUCUCUUCUCUCUAAAAUAAAUAAUUUAAAAAGUACUGUAUCAUAUAUUUGAAAGUACAUAUAUAUGUACAUAUAUAUAACUUUUCACUGUAAUAUAUAAUCAAUACAAUGUUCUAUGUCAGUUACUUCAAUAAGGCUGGGAAAAUAUAUAAAACAAAAAAAAUUUUUGAUUUGGGGGCACUUAGUAGUUUCAGGCAGAAGAGCAUGCGACUCCUGAUCUUGGGUUGUGAGUUGGGAGCUCCCUCCAUGUUGGGUGGGAAGACUACUUAAAAUAAAUUUUUAAAAAAUUUGACUUAAAGUAAAAAUGAGACACUUGAAUAAACAUACAAAAGAGGUAAA